CAACCUUCCUAUAACCAAAAGAAAAAAAAUUGAAAUUCAAUUCAAUUUUUGGGCAUGUAUAGAGAAAUAUUCACAAUGGGCAUGGACUAGGAACUAAAACAAAUUUCAACCAAGCAUCCCAUUUCUACAGACGUAUAUCACAUUCAUUUCAAGAUAAAAAUGGAGCCACAUAGUAGGAGAUUUCUAGAGAUUGGUGUCCUCAAAGAGCCCCACGAGAUACGCCUCGGCAGCCUCCUAGAGAGCAGCGACUGCACUGCUCUGGAACUUGAGAUCGGUCUUGAAAUCCUAAGCGAUCUCUCGCACAAGGCUCUAGAACAGAAGCUUUCGGAUCAAGAGCUCAGUACGCUUUGGUACUUCCUGAUCUCUCUCAGAGCCACAGUUCCCGGCCUGAAACGGUGAGGCUUCUUCACUCCUCCGGUGGCCGGUGCUGAUUUACGAGCAGCCUAGGCGGCAAGCUGCUUCCUCGGCGCCUUGCCUCCGGUCGACUUCCUGGCUGUUUGCUUAGUACGAGCCAUCUUAGGGAACAACAGUGAGAUUCUAAGGAAUUUUGGGAGAGGGGGGAAGCGGGAACUUUCGAAAUUUGUGGCGCUUCUCAUCGCCGUCGGUGAGAAGAGAGAGUGCAGACCAAAUUCAAUUCAAA